GUGCGUCGACAUGCUGCUCGAUAGUGCCUUGUAGUGGUGCCUCGUUUGCAAGGUCUUUUGCUUGCUGCAGCUCGGCGGCGACGUCUUUGGUCACGUCUUUUUUAACUUGUCCGAUUGGCGUGGUGAAAUAUUCUUCCUCUCGUCCGCAUGGCAUCAUGUACAUGCCGAUGGUGUCCACGAUUUUCCUGGUUCCGUGGAGCUGA